GUGGCGAUAACACUGUCCAGGACGCGCACCCGGCACGACUUCGCCGCCGAGCUGGUACGCGUUGUCGCAAGUGAGAAGGGGAGAGAGGCAGUGGCGCCGUCCAAGGCGACAUGGCCAGACCAGCUGCAAGCCGCUAUGGCCGUCGGGCUCGGACGCAAGGAAGGAUCGAUUUCGGCUACACCUUCCCUUUUAUAGAUAUCCCCAGCAUCGUUCAGUCAGGGUUCAACCAAACUAAGACGAUCUUCUCCGGGAAAGGCGACAUUAAGAACAUCGACGACCCCCUCUACUGCCUCAUACUAAUAAUUACGCUCACGGUAUACUCAUCGUCGGAAACGCUAGAAGUAGCGAAAGACCCCGGGCAGCUCGCGCUCGUCAUAGUCACGCAGAUAAUAUGUUCCUCUACCCCAGGUUAUUCCCGUGGGCAAAGAAUUCCGGAGGGACAGCCUAUACGUAAGGGAGAUAACAAAGAAGAUCGCAAGCGCGACAGCCCGCGAAACACGGACCUGCAAUUACGGUCGCAGGAGGAGCUUCUCGAAACGCUGCGGGGCUUGCAGUUAGCCAUCAAGCGACCCGAGGACUUCAUUAGCAUAAUAUUCCAUAGUCAGGACGACAUUUGGGUAGAGCGGUGUGGGAGCCUUGUCAACCGUGCAGCAUAAGGAGCACAAAGGAUACAGCAACCGGAUGCUAUAGGAGCUAUAAUAGGUCAUAUCGAAGAGCAACCGCGAUAGUCUACGAAACACAGACCUGCAGCUGCAACCCCGGGAGGAGCUACUAAGGACGCUUUAAAAGCUAAGUCUGCUCUCCGGCGUCGAGGAGACUUUAUCUAUAUAGUCUUUUUAGCCGGGAUAGAAUCUGGGUGGAGCGUUGUGCAAGUAUUAUCAAGUAGGGAGGUAGAGAGGUUCUAGAGUAGCACAGGUACAAUAAUACUUCAUACAGAGCGGACCGGCCAUUACGAAAUAAAGACGGCUUGUAGUUAGAAACCCGGUCCUGGAGAUCGAGAAAGAAAAUCCACUACUAUAGCUGAUUUGU